AUAUGCCGUAAGAGUAAAGAUUCUUCAUCCUUUCCAAUGCAGUUUGUAAACUGAAUGCUUUGCUCAUCCUGGUACUAAUGUUAAUAGUGUUCUGAUUGUUACUAAAAUUAUGAUACAGAGCAAUUUUUCUCUGCAUAUCUGCCAGUUUCCAGGCUAAACACUUUAUAUGCAUUAUCCCUAAUUAUCACAAUAAACUGCUUAUAAAGCAAGAAAACAGGUUUAGUGAGGUUAAAUAACUUGCCUCCUGGCCCACAACUUGUAAAUGACAUGCUGAUUUGAUCCCAGUUCUGUCUGACUUCAAGGUUCAUGGGUUUUUGUUAUUAUUCUGCUCCCAAAUUCAUGGACUGGGAAAGGCUAGUGGUGCCAAAAGCAGCCAGGGUUUGACUACAGAAUUUUCCUGAGUCUUAGGGCAGCUGGAACAAAAACAGCUUAAGGGGUGGAUUCUUAUCUGGUGCUGAAUCAGAGCUAGGCUAAUAUCACUAUGAAGUGCGCAGUAUGAAUCAGGAGAUCAAAGAAAUUAGUCGGGGGGUGGGGUAAGCUGAGGUGAGAUGAAGUGACAGUGACGGGUCAGGAGUUGACAGUACAAAGUGCACAACAGGAGACACAUUCGUAGUAUCAGGAAGGCAGCCAGAAUUAUCAAGAACAGGUUGAGGGUUCGUUCUGAUUGGUUUUAGAUUUCACAGCUGGCAGAAAAUGGGCAGCUAACUUAAAGACUUGGGAUGAUACGAUAGUUCCUUUCACAGGUACAUCUUUUCAAGGGAAAUUGAGUUCAAAUGGACUUCCCAUCUGAAUUCCUUUUGGUUUUAACCAGGUGUAUCUUUCUGGAAGAGAGGAGCCGUAUCUGCAUGUCACAUAGCUGCGUAUUAGACGAGGGUCCUGCUGAAAGCAGUGUUCUCAAGUUCCCAAGACAUGGCUCAGGCCUUUUUCAGGUCUGAGGCUAUCUCCAUGCCUGAUGCUUUAGUGAUGGGACUUCAUGCUUCCUGGCAAAGCACGGCAGCUUUAGGAAAGGAAUCCUUGAUGUUCUCUUCUGCCUCAGAGAGCCUGGUGGAGCUGCAGACAGCUGAGAUAUUUUGGGACAUAGACGUGGGCAUAGUAAAUUCAUUUUUUUAAGUGGAUGGCUUGAAGAGGGAGGCAGGAAGCUUUUUAAUUGAAGGAGGUGGUAUGAUAUUUCAGAAAACUGGAGAAAGAAUGUGCUGGUAUUUUUACAAGUUGGCAGACUUGUUUAAUUAGUGAUCUGCAGUGCCAGUUCUGAGAAGAACAGAUGUCCCCGUGCAUUGUGAGGUGACAUGCUCUGGAUCCAGAUACCAAAUGUUGCCCUCAGUCUGCUGUCCCAGCAGGGUUUGUCUCUCCAGAGCAUGAACGCUCAGCCGUUCAGUCCCGGGUGGUGCUAGCAGGCCCCUUGGAAAGAAGAGUCAUGGCCGCGGCCGCAGCCUCUCACCUGAACCUGGACGCGCUACGGGAAGUGCUGGAAUGCCCCAUCUGCAUGGAGUCCUUCACGGAGGAGCAGCUGCGGCCCAAACUCCUGCACUGCGGCCACACCAUCUGCUGCCAGUGCCUGGAGAAGUUCCUGGCCAGCAGCAUCAAUGGCGUCCGCUGUCCCUUUUGCAGCAAGAUCACCCUCAUCACCAGCCUGGCCCAGCUGACCGAUAACCUGACGGUGCUGAAGAUCAUCGACAAGACGGGGCUCAGUGAGGCGGUGGGGCUGCUCAUGUGCCGCUCCUGCGGACGGCGGCUGCCGCGGCAGUUCUGCCGUAGCUGCGGUGUGGUGGUGUGCGAGCCGUGCCGGGAGGCGGAGCACCCAUCGCCGGGGCACUGCACGCUCCCGGUCAAAGAGGCUGCGGAGGAGCGGCGGCGGGACUUCGGCCAGAAGUUGGCGCGUCUGCGGGAGCUCAUGGGAGAGCUGCAGCGGCGGAAGGUGGCCUUGGAAGGCGUCUCCAAGGACCUUCAGGCCCGGUAUAAGGCGGUCCUCCAGGAGUACGGGCACGAGGAACGCAGGGUCCAGGAAGAGCUGGCUCGCUCCCGAAAAUUCUUCACGGGCUCGGUGGCCGAGGUGGAGAAGUCCAACAGUCAGGUGGUGGAGGAGCAGAGCUACCUGCUGAACAUCGCCGAGGUGCAGGCUGUGUCCCGCUGCGACUACUUCCUGGCCAAGAUCAAGCAGGCCGACGUGGCGCUCCUGGAAGAGGCGGCCGACGAGGAGGAGCCCGAGCUCACCGCCAGCUUGCCCCGGGAGCUCACCCUGCAGGACGUGGAGCUCCUCAAGGUCGGCCACGUCGGCCCCCUCCAGAUCGGGCAGGCGGUCAAGAAGCCCCGGACGGUCAACAUGGAAGACUCGUGGGCCAUGGAGGCGGCGGCUUCUGCAGCCCCUUCCUCAGUUACCUUUAGAGAGAUGGACGUGAGCCCCGAGGACAUGGGGGCCAGCCCGAGGGCCUCGCCUGCCAAGCAGCGGGGUUCCGACCCGGCUGCCAACAUCCAGCAGUGCCUCUUUCUCAGGAAGAUGGGGGCCAAAGGCAGCACCCCGGGCAUGUUCAACCUCCCGGUCAGUCUCUACGUGACCAGUCAAGGCGAGGUGCUGGUUGCUGACCGCGGCAACUACCGCAUACAAGUCUUUACCCGCAAAGGCUUUCUGAAGGAAAUCCGCCGCAGCUCCAGCGCCAUGGAUAGCUUUGUGCUGAGCUUCUUUGGGGCCGACCCGCCCAACCUCACUCCUCUGUCAGUGGCCAUGAACUGCCACGGGCUGGUCGGCGUGACUGACAGCUACGACAACUCGCUCAAGGUGUACACCUUGGACGGCCACUGCGUGGCCUGCCACCGCAGCCAGCUGAGCAAACCCUGGGGCGUCACAGCCCUCCCGUCUGGCCAGUUUGUGGUGACGGACGUGGAAGGUGGGAAGCUCUGGUGCUUCACGGUUGACCGGGGCGCGGGGGUGGUCAAAUACAGCUGCCUCUGCAGCGCCGUGCGGCCCAAGUUUGUGGCCUGUGAUGCUGAAGGCACCGUCUACUUCACCCAGGGCCUGGGUCUCAACCUGGAGAACUGGCAGAACGAGCACCACCUGGAGGGCGGCUUCUCCAUCGGCUCCGUGGGCCCCGACGGGCAGCUGGGGCGCCAGAUCAGCCACUUCUUCUCGGAGAACGAGGAUUUCCGCUGCAUCACCGGCAUGUGUGUGGACGCCCGUGGCGAUCUCAUCGUGGCUGACAGCAGUCGCAAGGAAAUCCUCCACUUCCCCAAGGGUGGGGGCUACAGUGUCCUUAUUCGAGAGGGGCUCACCUGUCCGGUGGGCAUUGCCCUCACUCCAAAGGGGCAGCUGCUGGUCCUGGACUGUUGGGAUCAUUGUAUCAAGAUUUACAGCUACCAUCUGAGAAGAUACUCUACCCCUUAGGGGCUGGGGAAUAUCCGUUUCUUCUGCUCCCCAACCACCUACCCUUCCCUUGUCUCUUGGUUGUUGGCAAUACUGUAGAGUAGACUUGGCCUGUGUCUUGACUCCAAAUGGCUAGUCCUAGAAGUUUAGAAGCUCUGGCUUUUAGCAUUGUUGUUGUUGUUGUUUUAAAUUUGUAUUCUUUCCUCUCAAAGUUUAGAGCUUUAACAGAUGCAGUAUCCCCCAUAGGACAUGUGAUUUGAGGUUAGCUGACAUUUGAUUAGAACAUAGGCCCUUCCAAGGCUUCAGUAGAGAGCCUUCUGCCCCUGUAUUUGAAAUCGUCCCUUGUACUGAGUCCUUGUUGAUUUCCCCCUCUCUUGGCUGUGGUAGCUGGUCCCUUCCUGCCUUCCUGCUCUAACAGGCUCCGUCGGUGGCGCUUUCCCUUUAACGCGCUGCAUUCAGUGUGCACGCUGCAGUGGGACCUGCUUCACCUUUCCAUGACGCUCAGACAUCACACCCCUGUGACGUGGUGUCUCAGGUCUGACCGCCUUUACCGGUCUGAGAGACCGUUCGCUUACUGCCACCAUGGGAGCCCCACACUCCCCACUGGGAAGCAGUACUUUCCUGGCUCUAGGGGUUUUGCGAUAUCUUGGAUUGGUUUCUAAUUUCAGGUGUGACCAAGAAUCUAGGGCAGAAAAUGGAUUGACCCCCGUUGGUUGGUGUUGAAGACUUUAGCCUGGGAAUCGCUUGCCUUUUAAAGGAGUACGUGGAUUGGAAAAGUUACGCCAAAGCACAGGAAGAUGGAAAUAAAAAUAAAUGCUACUAUAGUCAGUAGACAUUAAUGAGUAGUCUCUAGAGCGCAUCCAUUUUUCAUAUUAACCUCUAUCCACUGACCUGUGGUAGGAGCUGUCUGCGGAAUUGUACAACACAGGCCAGGGCCAAGAAAGUGGGGAGGUGGACGCAUCUCAUUUUCAUUACUAAAACAAAACUGUUGGGUCCUCAUUGUGCAUUUUCCCCAAGUGAGUGCAUAAUUUUUGGUUGCGGGAUUUAUUUCCAUCCCUCUAUCAAGCAUUAAAUAAUUGAUAACUGUUUCUUCA